AUGGCACCCCAGCGCAGAGAUGACCUCAUGGCCUCUAGAGUCAACACAGGAAGCAGUGUUGGAGAUAAGCCCCGCCCCCUGACCCCAGAUGACUUGGCUCUCCAGUGGGGGCCGCUGUCUCGCCCUUUCUCCUCCACCGACCGCAGCAGUUCCCUGGGCUCCAUGGAAAGCCUGGACACGCCCACUCCCACAAUCCGAUCGUACGACUCGCCCGUGGACCCCGCCCUCUUCAACAACAAGCGUGACUCGGCCUACAGCUCCUUCUCCGCCAGCUCCAACACUUCGGACUACGCAACGGUGACCUCGCGCGAAUCCAUGGAAAACCUGCUUCGGAAUAUCGGCGAUGUCGGCCACGGUUUGGAUCAAGGACAAGUUGCCGCCAUGAAGUCCAGAUCGUUGACGAGACAGAGACAGAAACCGGUGGAAAUCAAAGAGCGUCCGUCGUCGUGCUGUUACGAGGAUGAGCGGAAAGUUUGCGAUUUUCUACAAAACGUGAAGGGUUCAUCGCACCAGCAUGAACUCUCUCCUAAAGAGAAGUUUUCCGCCCGGACACAGGAAACCUCCAAACUCGGCAGGAAGUUCAGCCUGACGGAGAGAGACUUCUCACACAGGAGACACGAGUCCGGCCCCGCUGCUCCCGUCUUUGCCCCUCUGCGCUCCAGGGCCAUGUCUGAGUCGGACCUCAGCUUUGGGACCCGGCCCUGGACCCAGACCCUGAGCGGAGUCCGAGAACACGACAGCACAUUCACAGAAACCACAGAGAGACGGAAGAAGCCUCCUCCCAGACCUCCGCCGCCAAAGUGGGAUCAGUUCCACCAGCGGAGGUCCUCGCAUCACAGCUGCUCCGCUGAUCAAAGCCUCUCCGGGGUCUCAAGCAGCCAGACUGCAUUUGAACCGUCCAGACAGCGCUCCUACAGCCUCCCACCUCAGAGACAAGACGUCAGCCACGAAAACAAGUAUUCCAACUGCCCCUGUCACCAAACUCUGCCCCCGAAUGCACAACAUAACCACUGCAGCGUGCCCCAAGAUCCGCCUCAGUCCGACAACUCGCAACACGACCAGAGAAACCAACCCAAAGAUCAAGCAGACGUCCGAAAUGUGCAGUACAGCCUUGCAAACCGGCCUCAGAAGUCAGAAUACAACCACCAAGCCAAAAACUCACUCUACAAUGCCUUCAGCCCAGUGGAGCCGCCCCAGUGGAAGACCGCAGGAAGUUCAGAAGAAGAAGACGAGGAAGAAGAGUUUCCACCGCCUCCGCCUUCGGUAGCAGACGAUCUGGACGAAAGUUUUUCGGAGAUGAUCCACUUCUUAAAUCAAACAAAUGCAGGUCUGACCGACAUUGACGACUUCCCGGAGGAGGAGGACCUAAUCGCGGCCAAUGAGCCAAUAAACUCUCUGAUCAGCUCUGAGCUUGCCUGCCUCGCUCUGCCGGUCACUGUGCUGGAGACAGACCUGGACCUGGCACCCGGCCUGGAUCUGGUACCCGACCACCUGGGCUCCUCUCUGGACCUGGCCCCCAACCUUCUAGGCUCCUCUCUGGACUUGGCCCCCAACCUUCUAGGCUCCUCUCUGGACUUGGCCCCCAACCUUCUAGGCUCCUCUCUGGACCUGGCUCCUGAACCCCUGGGCUCCUCUCUGGGGGAGGAGCGUCCAGAGAGCAGGGGCAGUCUGGAGGAGCUGUUCCCCCAGAGGUGCGAGGGCGAGUGGAGGGGGACCUACGAGAGUGACAGCCUGGACAGACGCUCCGGAGCCAGUUCCAGCUGCUCCUCCUACUACAGCACCUCCACAGCCAAAGCUCUGCUCCUCACACAGAUGAAGGAGGUGACGGAGAGGAGGGAGAGGGAGGAGACCGAGGAGCUGAUGUACAAGAAGCAGCUGAUGGAAAGUCUGAGGAAGAAACUGAGUGUUCUGAGAGAAGCUCAGAGAGGACUUCAGGACGACAUCCGAGCGAACGCACAGCUAGGAGACGAGGUGGAGGCGCUGGUGCUGUGCGUGUGCAAGCCCAACGAGGUGGGAAAGUUCCGCAUGUUGAUCGGGGACCUGGACAAAGUGGUCAGUUUGCUGCUGUCGCUGUCCGGGCGCCUGCUCAGGGUCGAGACCACGCUGGAGACUCUGGACCCGGACCACGAGGAGAAGCUCCCUCUGCAGGAGAAAAAGCGUCAGCUCCUGCGACAGCUCUCUGAAGCUCAGGACUUAAAAGAACACGUGGACCGCAGAGAGCAGGCGGUCAGCAGAGUCCUGGGCCGGAGCCUGACCCCAGAGCAGCACCGGGACUACAGUCACUUUGUGAAGAUGAAGGCCGCUCUACUGGUCGAACAGAAGCAGCUGGAGGACAAGAUCCGUCUGGGGGAGGAGCAGCUCCGGGGGCUACGGGAGAGAUCAUUUUUGGUCCACAUCUUCCACAACUUCAGCACCAGUGACUGUUUAAAGGAGAAGUUGGAUCGGAGCUGUUUGGAGCAUGACGUCAGCUUUGCAGUGGACCGUGUUGACGAAAAUCCAAUAAUCCAAGUCACAAGACGCCACUGGUCCGUCUCCACUUUUAGCGCUGUCGUCCUCAUGGCUGCAGCCUCAGACCUGGAGCGUCUUCAUCCCUCUGAUGAUGAAGACGAUGAUGACGAGCUGGUGGACCUGAGCUCCGCUGAGCUGGACCUGGCCGCAGACGACGUCCCCCCACUGGGUGCAGGAGUCUUGGAGGACCACUUCAGCUCCAGUCCUCGAGGAUCAGGCCAGACCAGGGGCCCCUCCAUGGACCCCCAGGAGCCUCUGCCCGGUGUGGGGACCUACGAGGACUUCAACACCAUCGACUGGGUGAGGGAGAAGAGCAGAGACCGGGACCGCCACAGAGAGAUCACGAAGAAGAGCCGUCAGUCCACGGUGGCUCUGCUCAGAAGUAUCAGUGAUGCGUUCUCUGGGUGGCUGCUCAUGCUGCUGGUGGGACUCAUGUCAGGGGCCUUGGCGGGGGGCAUAGACAUUGCGGCUCAUUGGCUCACGGACCUCAAAGAAGGCGUGUGUCUGGUCGGGUUCUGGUUCAAUCACGAGCACUGCUGCUGGACGUCCAACGAGACCACGUUCCAGGAGAGAGACCGCUGCCCCCAGUGGCAGACGUGGGCACAGCUCAUCUCAGGACAGUCCGAGGGGGCGCUGGCCUACGUCCUGAACUACCUCAUGUACCUGUUCUGGGCUCUGGUCUUCGCCUUUUUGGCCGUGACGUUGGUCCGAGCCUUUGCUCCUUACGCCUGCGGCUCCGGGAUCCCAGAGAUUAAGACGAUCCUGAGUGGCUUCAUCAUUCGUGGUUAUCUUGGGAAGUGGACCCUGAUCACAAAGACCAUCACUCUGGUGCUGGCCGUGUCGUCUGGCCUCAGUCUGGGGAAAGAGGGCCCCCUGGUGCACGUGGCCUGCUGCUGCGCCAACAUCCUGUGCCACCUCUUCACCAAGUACCGGAAGAACGAGGCCAAACGCAGAGAGGUGUUGUCGGCGGCUGCAGCAGUGGGAGUGUCCGUGGCCUUCGGAGCGCCCAUCGGGGGAGUGCUCUUCAGUCUGGAGGAGGUCAGCUACUACUUCCCGUUGAAGACCCUCUGGAGGUCCUUCUUCGCCGCCCUGGUGGCCGCCUUCACGCUGCGCUCCAUAAACCCGUUUGGAAACAGUCGCCUGGUCCUGUUCUACGUCGAGUUCCACGCUCCAUGGCAUCUGGUGGAGCUGGCCCCCUUUGUGCUGCUGGGGAUCUUCGGCGGCCUCUGGGGGGCGCUGUUCAUACGCGCCAACAUCGCCUGGUGCAAGAGACGAAAGAGCACCCGUCUGGGGCACUACCCGGUGCUGGAGGUCCUGGUGGUCACGGCGCUCACGGCUGUCAUCGCCUUCCCCAACAGCUACACCCGGAUGAGCGGAGCAGAGCUGAUCUCAGAGCUGUUCAACGACUGCUCUCUGCUGGACUCCUCCCAGCUGUGUGGAUACAAGCAGAUGAACACAAACACGUCGGACAGUAACAGCCUGGCAGACCGUCCGGCCGGAGCUGGACUCUACACGGCUCUGUGGCAGCUGGCUCUGGCUCUGGUCUUCAAGAUGUCCAUCACAGUCAUCACCUUUGGCAUGAAGGUGCCCUCCGGUCUCUUCAUCCCCUCCAUGGCAGUGGGGGCCAUCGCCGGGCGGUUGCUAGGCGUGGCCAUGGAGCAGUUGGCGUACUUCCACCACGACUGGAUCAUCUUCAGAGGCUGGUGUUCCCCUGGAGCCGACUGCAUCACCCCGGGGCUGUACGCCAUGGUGGGAGCGGCCGCCUGCCUCGGUGGCGUCACUCGUAUGACCGUGUCUCUUGUGGUUAUCAUGUUCGAGCUGACCGGAGGACUAGAGUACAUCGUUCCUCUGAUGGCUGCGACCAUGACCAGCAAGUGGGUCGCAGACGCUUUCGGACGAGAGGGAAUCUACGAGGCUCACAUCCGGCUGAACGGGUACCCAUUCCUGGAGGCGAAAGAGGAGUUUGAGCACAACUCUCUGGCCGUGGACGUGAUGAGGCCGCGGCGGUCGGACCCUCCUCUGGCCGUGCUCACACAGGACGGGAUGAGUCUGGGGGAAGUCGAGGCCCUGGUGGAGAGCACACACUACAGCGGCUUCCCUGUGGUGGUUUCCCAGGAGUCUCAGCGUCUGGUCGGGUUGGUGUUCAGACGAGACCUGCUCAUCUCCAUCGAUAACGGUCGUAAGUGCCAAGAGGGCGUGGUCAGUGCGUCCCGCGUGGUCUUCACCGAGCACGCUCCGCCGCAGCCUCCAGAAGCUCCGCCCCCUCUGCGUCUGCGCUCCAUCAUGGACCUGAGCCCCUUCACCGUCACCGACCACACGGCCAUGGACAUCACCGUGGACAUCUUCAGGAAGCUGGGACUGCGGCAGUGUCUGGUCACGCACAACGGGAGACUUCUGGGAAUCAUCACGAAAAAAGACAUUUUAAAACACAUGGCGCAGAUUGCAGACAGAGACCCGGACUCCAUCCUGUUCAACUGA